AUGAUGCAGUACCUGGCAUUAUUAGCCUGGUGCUGCUUACUCGUGGGCCGUAUCUCGGCGGCUCCAUUUGAAGCGAAGCAAUCUGAUUUGAAAGACUUCACCUUUGACGAGAUCAUCCCGAACCAGUUCGGAUUGCGAGGAUUCAACGGAACGUGGUUGUCCGGAGAGGAGCUUCUGUACAGGAAUGGUGGAGACUAUGUGAAGCUGAACGUCAACACUGGGGACAGUGUCGUCGUGAUCACUACUGAUGUUUUGAGUCAAUUCCGUGGCGCUUCUAUUCAGCUGAUUAAACCCGACUUUACUAAAGUCCUGGUGCGAUACGAUGUCCGAACGGUCUUCAGACACUCAUCUCUCUCCAAGUACGCAAUCUACGACACAUUGGCCGGCACUACUUACCACGUUGCCAAUCAGGAGGAAGUUUCGAUUUGCAUUCUCUCCCCAACGGGACAAAGUCUUGCGUACGUGAAGGAUAACAAUGUCUACUAUCGAGAAUCACUCGUCGACCCGGUGGAACGACCCCUCACGCUUGAUGGUGUCCCGGGGGUCAUUUAUAAUGGCAUCCCGGAUUGGGUGUACGAAGAGGAAGUGUUCGGUACGGAUGCAACACUUUGGUUCUCGCCGAACGGACGCCGACUUGCCAUGGCAAGCUUUGACGAUCGUGAGGUGAAGGAGUUUACGUACCAUCUGUACGGAUCUCCGGACGACACGGACAAGCAGUAUCCGGAAGAGUUGCGGAUUCGCUACCCAAAGGUUAACACCACCAACCCGACCGUACAUCUGCGUGUUACGGAUCUGUCUGCCGGUGAAGUAGUAUGGGUGGAACUUCCAGCACCGCUCGCUACGGUCGGCGAGGAUCAUGUGCUCGGUACGGUGAACUGGGCUGGUGAGGAUGUGCUAGGCGUUAUCUGGACCAAUCGCCGACAAAACGUUGCCUCAUUCCAGAAGUGUGCAACGACCGACGGAACCUGCACGGAAGCGAUCCGAUUCGAUCGACCAAACGGGUGGUACGAUUUGUACACUCCGCGCUGUUAUAGCGCUGAUCGAUGCUUCCUGAUGGGAGAUAAUAAUGGGUGGCGUGCCGUGAUGGAAUUGGUUGGAGAGGGAGCCACUGCUCCUAUUGCCCGUACUCCGGCAGGUUUUACUGUGUCCUCCAUCAAUGGGUACGAUGAAGCGUCGCAGGCCUUGUACUACACAGCUGUCCCUGCCAGUGAGCCUCAUCAUCGGCAUGUGUACAGAAAUGAGGAAUGUCUUACUUGUGGACUAAAGGACGAAUUAGAGGACUCGGCAGAAUGUAACUUUGCAAGCGCGUCGUUCAGUGCGGAUCUCUCCUAUAUGGCAGCAACCUGCUCUGGACCAACACCUUCCUAUACGCAAAUCUAUCGCACUAGCGAUCGGCAGCUCGUAGCGGACUGGGAAUUAAACUUGGAGCGUCGUGAGCAGCUCAAGCAAUACAAGCAAGUCUCGGUACGAUUCCUACGCGUCCCGGUCGGUGAUGGUAACUUCCAGGCAUCGGUUCGACUCUACCUUCCACCGGAGAUUGACUUUGAAUCACCUGCCACAGCGCAGACCCGCAAGUAUCCGAUGGUGGUGAACGUGUACGCUGGACCAGAUUCGGUGCGCGUUACCGAUAGUUUCAGUGUUGGAUUCGCUAACUAUAUGGCCACAACGAAGGGCGUGAUCUACGCACAGAUUGAUGGGCGUGGAACGGGCAACCAGGGCUACGAGUUCCUGUUCUCCAUCAACAACCAGCUCGGUACGUACGAGAUGGAAGAUCAGAUUGCUGUUGCACGCUAUCUGCAGGAAACGUACACCUUUAUCGACCCACAGCGUACUGGUAUUUGGGGCUCGAGUUAUGGUGGUUAUGCGACUGCGAUGACGCUUGAGAAAGAUCACGAGCAGGUGUUUAGGUGUGGCAUCUCGGUAGCGCCAGUUACUUCAUGGAUGUUUUACGAUUCCAUCUACACCGAACGCUACAUGGGACGUCCGACUGACAAUGGUGUCGGGUACGAGAAGAGCGAUAUCAGUGGCUUUACGGACGAGCUGAAGAACCAUCUGUUCCUGCUGAUCCACGGUACCGCGGACGAUAACGUGCACUAUCAACAGUCGAUGGUGUUUGUGCGGGCCUUGCUGGAUCAUGAUAUUGACUUUGAGCAGAUGACCUAUCCGGAUGAGGCACAUUCGUUGUCAGGUGUACAGCGUCAUCUAUACCACACCAUGGAUCAGUUCUGGGAUCGUUGCUUUGAAUAG